CUCGGGCAGGACCCAGGCAGGCAGUGACAAAAAAAAAAAAAAAAAAAAAAAAAAAACACGCCAAACAACGAUAAUACAGACACACAGACACAGAUGGAGGCAACGAUACAAACUCGGAGGCAGCGAGGGACAAGAUGGCUCCCCUCAGUUCGGGCGAGGCUGCGGAAUUGCCAGACAGUACUUAUCAGGGAUACAUCUUAACUAGAAGCUUCUUCCGGCGCCGAGGCAACCGCCUCGCCCCACCAAUGGGUCCCCCAGAGACCCCACCCCCGCUCAAGUCUAAGUGGAAGCUCCCGCUGGUACCGGGGAGGGCGUGGUGGGAGGAAGGGGGCGGCCACCACCCUCUAGCCUGGCGAGACCGCAGAGCACGAGCUUCCAGCUCCGGCCCGCCCCUGCGGCGCCUGUGCCACGCCCCCUGACAGGCAGCAGCCAAUGAACUGCACCUGCCGCCGGCCUUUAAGAGCCGCGCGCACUCUGCCUGCAGCGGACGCUGCCGGACUAACACUCCGCGGGUGUUUCCAUGGAGACCGAGGCCGAGCCUGCGCGGCCUCACGGCGUUGCCAUGGAGACAACUCCGGGGCUGGGGCUCCGAAGUCCCGGCGCACCGCUGGCUCAGAACCCCGCGGAGCCGCUGUGCGAGGCCGGAGCCGUGGUGGCGGCUGCACGCUGGGACCUGCAGAAGCACUCUUUGCUAAUUGUGAUCGGCGAUAUCGGUACAGAGAGUCAGCUGAGGGCCGUGCGGGCCCACCUUGAACAAGGGAUUCUCUCCUGGAACAUUGACCUGUCAUCCUUUGACUUGAACCAACAGUUGAGACUCUUCAUUACCCGGCAUCUAGCUCACUUCUCCUCAGAGGUCAAAGGCCAGAGGACCCUUUGCCACCAGAGUGAGAUCCUAGAGACCAUCAUCCUGGUAAAUCCCAGUGCAGACAGCAUCAGCUCUGAGGUUCACCAUCUUCUUAGCAGCUCAUCAGCUUAUAAACUACUAAUCUUGAGUGGGCAAAGUUUAGAGCCUGGGGGAGACCUCAUCCUACAGAGUGGCACCUACUCGUAUGAAAACUUUGCCCAGGUCCUUCACAACCCCGAGAUUUCCCAAUUGCUCAGCAAUAGAGACCCUGGGAUACAGGCCUUCCUUACCGUGUCCUGCUUAGGGGAAGGUGAUUGGAGCCACCUGGGAUUAUCCAGUUCCCAAGAGACCCUGCACCUCCGGCUAAACCCUGAGCCCACUCUGCCCACCAUGGAUGGCGUGGCUGAGUUCUCCGAGUAUGUCUCUGAGACUGUGGACGUGCCAUCCCCAUUUGACCUACUAGAGCCCCCCACCUCAGGGGGCUUCCUCAAGCUCUCCAAGCCUUGUUGCUACAUCUUCCCAGGUGGUCGUGGGGACUCUGCCCUCUUUGCUGUCAAUGGUUUCAACAUCCUGGUGGAUGGUGGCUCUGAUCGCAAGUCCUGUUUUUGGAAGCUGGUACGGCACUUGGACCGCAUUGACUCGGUGCUACUCACACACAUUGGGGCAGACAACCUGCCAGGCAUCAAUGGACUACUGCAGCGCAAAGUGGCAGAGCUAGAGGAGGAGCAGUCCCAGGGCUCUAGCAGUUACAGCGACUGGGUGAAGAACCUUAUCUCUCCUGAGCUUGGAGUUGUCUUUUUCAACGUGCCUGAGAAGCUGCGGCUUCCUGAUGCCUCCCGGAAAGCCAAGCGUAGCAUUGAGGAGGCCUGCCUCACUCUGCAGCACUUAAACCGCCUGGGCAUCCAGGCUGAGCCUCUAUAUCGUGUGGUCAGCAAUACCAUUGAGCCACUGACCCUCUUCCACAAAAUGGGUGUGGGCCGGCUGGACAUGUAUGUCCUCAACCCUGUCAAGGACAGCAAGGAGAUGCAGUUCCUCAUGCAAAAGUGGGCAGGCAAUAGUAAAGCCAAGACAGGCAUCGUGCUGCCCAAUGGGAAGGAGGCUGAGAUCUCCGUGCCCUACCUUACCUCUAUCACUGCUCUAGUGGUCUGGCUACCAGCCAAUCCCACUGAGAAGAUUGUGCGUGUGCUUUUUCCAGGAAAUGCUCCCCAAAACAAGAUCUUGGAGGGCCUAGAAAAGCUUCGGCAUCUGGACUUCCUGCGUUACCCUGUGGCCACGCAGAAGGACCUGGCUUCUGGGGCUGUGCCUACCAACCUCAAGCCCAGCAAAAUCAAACAGCGGGCUGAUAGCAAGGAGAGCCUCAAAGCCACUACCAAGACGGCCGUGAGCAAGUUGGCCAAACGGGAGGAGGUGGUAGAAGAGGGAGCCAAGGAGGCACGUUCAGAGCUGGCCAAGGAGUUAGCGAAGACAGAGAAGAAGGCAAAAGAGUCAUCUGAGAAGCCCCCAGAGAAGCCUGCCAAGCCUGAGAGGGUGAAGACAGAGUCAAGUGAGGCACUGAAGGCAGAGAAGCGAAAGCUGAUCAAAGACAAGGUAGGGAAAAAGCACCUUAAAGAAAAGAUAUCAAAGCUGGAAGAAAAAAAAGACAAGGAGAAAAAAGAGAUCAAAAAGGAGAGGAAAGAGCUCAAGAAGGAUGAAGGAAGGAAGGAGGAGAAGAAGGAUGCCAAGAAGGAGGAGAAGAGGAAAGAUACCAAACCUGAGCUCAAGAAGAUUUCCAAGCCAGACCUAAAGCCCUUUACUCCUGAGGUACGUAAGACCCUCUAUAAAGCCAAGGUCCCUGGAAGAGUCAAAAUAGACAGGAGCCGUGCUAUCCGUGGGGAGAAGGAGCUGUCUUCUGAGCCCCAGACACCCCCAGCCCAGAAGGGAACUGUACCACUCCCAACCAUCAGUGGGCACAGGGAGCUGGUCCUAUCCUCACCAGAGGACCUCACACAGGACUUUGAGGAGAUGAAGCGUGAGGAGAGGGCUUUGCUGGCUGAACAAAGGGACACGGGACUAGGAGAUAAGCCAUUCCCUCUAGACACUGCAGAGGAGGGACCCCCAAGUACAGCUAUCCAGGGAACACCACCCUCUGUUCCAGGGCUGGGACAAGAAGAACAUGUGAUGAAGGAGAAAGAGCUUGUCCCAGAGGUCCCUGAGGAGCAAGGCAGCGAGGACAGAGGCCUAGACUCUGGGGCUGAAACAGAGGAAGAGAAAGAUACCUGGGAGGAAAAGAAGCAGAGGGAAGCAGAGAGGCUCCCAGACAGAACAGAAGCCAGAGAGGAAAGUGAACCUGAAGUAAAGGAGGAUGUGAUAGAAAAGGCUGAGUUAGAAGAAAUGGAGGAGGUACACCCUUCAGAUGAGGAGGAAGAGGACGCGACAAAAGCUGAGGGUUUUUACCAAAAACAUAUGCAGGAAGCCUUGAAGGUAACUCCAAGGAGCCAGGAGGCUUUUGGGGGUCGGGAAUUGGGACUCCAGGGCAAGGCCCCUGAGAAGGAGACCUCGUCAUUCCUAAGCAGCCUGACCACACCUGCAGGAGCCACUGAGCAUGUCUCUUACAUCCAGGAUGAGACAAUCCCUGGCUACUCAGAGACUGAGCAGACAAUCUCAGAUGAGGAGAUCCAUGAUGAGCCGGAGGAGCGCCCAGCUCCACCCAGAUUUCAUACAAGUGCAUAUGACCUGCCCGGGCCUGAAGGUGCUGGCCCAUUCGAAGCCAGCCAACCUGCCGAUAGUGCUGUUCCUGCUACCUCUGGCAAAGUCUAUGGAACACCAGAGACUGAACUCACCUACCCCACUAACAUAGUGGCUGCCCCUUUGGCUGAAGAGGAACAUGUGUCCUCGGCCACUUCAAUCACUGAGUGUGACAAACUUUCUUCCUUUGCCACAUCAGUGGCUGAGGACCAAUCUGUGGCCUCACUUACAGCUCCCCAGACAGAGGAGACAGGCAAGAGCUCCCUGCUGCUUGACACAGUCACAAGCAUCCCUUCCUCCCGUACUGAAGCUACGCAGGGCUUGGACUAUGUGCCAUCAGCUGGUACCAUCUCACCCACCUCCUCACUGGAAGAAGACAAGGGCUUCAAAUCACCACCCUGUGAGGACUUCUCUGUGACUGGGGAGUCAGAGAAGAGAGGAGAGAUCAUAGGGAAAGGCUUGUCUGGAGAGAGAGCUGUGGAAGAGGAAGAGGAGGAGACAGCAAACAUAGAGAUGUCUGAGAAACUUUGCAGUCAAUAUGGAACUCCAGUGUUUAGUGCCCCUGGGCAUGCCCUACAUCCAGGAGAACCAGCCCUUGGAGAAGCAGAGGAGCGGUGCCUUAGCCCAGAUGACAGCACAGUGAAGAUGGCUUCUCCUCCACCAUCUGGCCCACCCAGUGCCACCCACACACCCUUUCAUCAGUCCCCAGUGGAAGAAAAGUCUGAGCCCCAAGACUUUCAGGAGGCAGACUCCUGGGGAGACACUAAGCGCACACCAGGUGUGGGCAAAGAAGAUGCUGCUGAGGAGACAGUCAAGCCAGGGCCUGAAGAGGGCACACUAGAGAAGGAAGAGAAAGUUCCUCCUCCCAGGAGCCCCCAGGCCCAGGACGCACCUGUCAGCAUUGAUGAGGGACUUACAGGCUAUACCAUUCAACUGUUGCCAGAACAGGAUAAAGCAAUAGUCUUUGAGACUAUGGAGGCAGGAGAGCCCACAGGCCCAAUUCUGGGAGCAGAAGCCCUUCCCGGAGGUUUGAGGACUUUACCCCAAGAACCUGGCAAACCUCAGAAAGAUGAGGUGCUCAGAUAUCCUGACCAAAGCCUCUCUCCUGAAGAUGCAGAAUCCCUCUCUGUCCUCAGCGUGCCCUCCCCAGACACUGCCAACCAAGAGCCUACCCCCAAGUCUCCCUGUGGCCUGACAGAGCAGUACCUACACAAAGACCGUUGGCCAGAGGUAUCUCCAGAAGACACCCAGUCACUUUCUCUGUCAGAAGAGAGUCCCAGCAAGGAGACCUCCCUGGAUGUCUCUUCUAAGCAGCUCUCUCCAGAAAGCCUUGGCACCCUUCAGUUUGGGGAACUAAACCUUGGGAAGGAAGAAAUGGGGCAUCUGAUGCAGGCCGAGGACACCUCUCACCACACAGCUCCCAUGUCUGUUCCAGAGCCCCAUGCAGCCACAGCGUCACCUCCCACAGAUGGGACGACUCGAUACUCUGCACAGACAGACAUCACAGAUGACAGCCUUGACAGGAAAUCACCUGCCAGCUCAUUCUCUCACUCUACACCUUCAGGAAAUGGGAAGUACUUACCUGGGGCAAUCACAAGCCCUGAUGAACACAUUCUGACACCUGAUAGCUCCUUCUCCAAGAGUCCUGAGUCUUUGCCAGGCCCUGCCUUGGAGGACAUUGCCAUAAAGUGGGAAGAUAAAGUUCCAGGGUUGAAAGACAGAACCUCAGAACAGAAGAAGGAAACUGAGCCAAAGGAUGAAGUUUUACAGCAGAAAGACAAAACUCUGGAGCACAAGGAGGUGGUAGAGCCGAAGGAUACAGCCAUCUAUCAGAAAGAUGAGGCUCUGGAUGUAAAGAAUGAGGCUGUGAAACAGCAGGAUAAGGCUUUAGAACAAAAGGGCAGAGACUUAGAGCAAAAAGACACAGCCCUAGAACAAAAGGACAAGGCCCUGGAACCAAAAGACAAAGACUUAGAAGAAAAAGACAAGGCCCUGGAACAGAAGGAUAAGAUCCCAGAAGAGAAAGACAAAGCCUUAGAACAAAAGGAUACAGCCCUGGAACAGAAGGACAAGGCCCUGGAACCAAAAGAUAAAGACUUGGAACAAAAGGACAGGGUCCUAGAACAGAAGGAGAAGAUCCCAGAAGAGAAAGACAAAGCCUUAGAUCAAAAAGUCAGAAGUGUUGAACAUAAGGCUCCGGAGGACACGGUCACUGAAAUGAAGGACAGAGACCUAGAACAGACAGACAAAGCUCCUGAACAGAAACACCAGGCCCAGGAACAAAAGGAUAAAGUCUCAGAAAAGAAGGAUCAGGCCUUAGAACAAAAAUACUGGGCUUUGGGACAGAAGGAUGAAGCCCUGGAACAAAACAUUCAGGCUCUGGAAGAGAACCACCAAACUCAGGAGCAGGAGAGCCUAGUGCAGGAGGAUAAAACCAGGAAACCAAAGAUGCUAGAGGAAAAAUCCCCAGAAAAGGUCAAGGCCGUGGAAGAGAAGUUAGAAGCUCUUCUGGAGAAGACCAAAGCUCUGGGCCUGGAAGAGAGCCUAGUGCAGGAGGGCAAGGCCAGAGAGCAGGAAGAAAAGUACUGGAGGGGGCAGGAUGUGGUCCAGGAGUGGCAAGAAACAUCUCCUACCAGAGAGGAGCCAGCUGGAGAACAGAAAGAGCUUGCCCCGGCAUGGGAGGACACAUCUCCUGAGCAGGACAAUAGGUAUUGGAGGGGCAGAGAGGAUGUGGCCUUGGAACAGGACACAUACUGGAGGGAGCUAAGCUGUGAGCGGAAGGUCUGGUUCCCUCACGAGCUGGAUGGCCAGGGGGCCCGCCCACGCUACACUGAGGAACGGGAAAGCACUUUCCUAGAUGAGGGCCCAGAUGAUGAGCAAGAAGUACCCCCGCGGGAACACGCAACCCGGAGCCCCUGGGCCGCAGACUUCAAGGAUUUCCAGGAAUCCUCACCACAGAAGGGGCUAGAGGUGGAGCGCUGGCUUGCUGAAUCACCAGUUGGGUUGCCACCAGAGGAAGAGGACAAACUGACCCGCUCUCCCUUUGAGAUCAUCUCCCCUCCAGCUUCCCCACCUGAGAUGGUUGGACAAAGGUUUCCUUCAGCCCCAGGACAACAGAGUCCUAUCCCAGACCCUAAGCUCAUGCCACACAUGAAGAAUGAACCCACUACCCCCUCAUGGCUGGCUGACAUCCCACCCUGGGUGCCCAAGGACAAACCCCUCCCCCCUGCACCCCUCUCCCCAGCUCCUGGUCCCCCCACACCUGCCCCGGAAUCCCAUACUCCUGCACCCUUCUCUUGGGGCACAGCCGAGUAUGACAGUGUGGUGGCUGCAGUGCAGGAGGGGGCAGCUGAGUUGGAAGGUGGGCCAUACUCCCCCCUGGGGAAGGACUACCGCAAGGCUGAAGGGGAAAGGGAAGAAGAAGGUAGGGCUGAGGCUCCUGACAAAAGCUCACACAGCUCAAAGGUACCAGAGGCCAGCAAAAGCCAUGCCACCACGGAGCCUGAGCAGACUGAGCCGGAGCAGAGAGAGCCCACACCCUAUCCUGAUGAGAGAAGCUUUCAGUAUGCAGACAUCUAUGAGCAGAUGAUGCUUACUGGGCUUGGCCCUGCAUGCCCCACUAGAGAGCCUCCACUUGGAGCGGCUGGGGAUUGGCCCCCAUGCCUCUCAACCAAGGAGGCGGCUGCCGGCCGAAACACAUCUGCAGAGAAGGAGCUUUCAUCUCCUAUCUCACCCAAGAGCCUCCAGUCUGACACUCCAACCUUCAGCUAUGCAGCCCUGGCAGGACCCACCGUACCCCCAAGGCCAGAGCCAGGGCCAAGUGUGGAGCCCAGCCUCACCCCACCUGCAGUUCCCCCCCGUGCUCCUAUCCUGAGCAAAGGCCCAAGCCCCCCUCUUAAUGGUAACAUCCUGAGCUGCAGCCCAGAUAGGAGGUCCCCAUCCCCCAAGGAAUCAGGCCGGAGUCACUGGGAUGACAGCACUAGUGACUCAGAACUGGAGAAGGGGGCUCGGGAACAGCCAGAAAAAGAGGCCCAAUCCCCAAGUCCUCCUCACCCCAUUCCUAUGGGGUCCCCCACAUUAUGGCCAGAAACUGAGGCACAAGUUAGCCCUCCCUUGGACUCACACCUGGGGCCUGCCCGACCCAGUCUGGACUUCCCUGCUUCAGCCUUUGGCUUCUCCUCAUUGCAGCCAGCUCCCCCACAGCUGCCCUCUCCAGCUGAACCCCGCUCGGCACCCUGUGGCUCCCUUGCCUUCUCUGGGGAUCGAGCUCUGGCUCUGGCUCCAGGGCCCCCCACCAGAACCCGGCAUGAUGAAUACCUGGAAGUGACCAAGGCCCCCAGCCUGGAUUCCUCACUGCCCCAGCUCCCAUCACCCAGUUCUCCUGGGGCCCCUCUCCUCUCCAAUCUGCCACGACCUGCCUCACCAGCCCUGUCUGACGGCUCCUCCUCUGAGGCUACCACACCUGUGAUUUCAAGUGUGGCGGAGCGCUUCUCUCCAAGCCUUGAGGCUGCAGAACAGGAGUCUGGAGAGCUGGACCCAGGAAUGGAACCAGCUGCCCACAGCCUCUGGGACCUCACUCCUCUGAGCCCAGCACCCCCAGCUUCACUGGACUUGGCCCUAGCUCCAGCUCCAAGCCUGCCUGGAGACAUGGGUGAUGGCAUCCUGCCGUGCCACCUGGAGUGCUCAGAGGCAGCCACGGAGAAGCCAAGCCCCUUCCAGGGUCCCUCUGAGGAUUGUGCAGCCAAUGGCCCAACUGAAACCAGCCCUAACCCCCCAGGCCCUGCCCCAGCCAAGGCUGAAAAUGAAGAGGCUGCGGCUUGCCCUGCCUGGGAACGUGGGGCCUGGCCUGAAGGAGCUGAGAGGAGCUCCCGGCCUGACACAUUGCUCUCCCCUGAGCAGCCAGUGUGUCCUGCAGGGGGCUCCGGGGGCCCACCCAGCAGUGCCUCUCCUGAGGUCGAAGCUGGGCCCCAGGGAUGUGCCGCUGAGCCUCGGUCCCAUCGUGGGGAGCUCUCCCCAUCCUUCCUGAACCCACCUCUGCCCCCAUCCACAGAUGAUAGGGACCUCUCAACUGAGGAAGUUCGGCUAGUAGGAAGAGGGGGGCGGCGCCGGGCAGGGGGGCCAGGGACCACUGGGGGCCCAUGCCCUGUGACUGAUGAGACACCCCCUACAUCAGCCAGUGACUCAGGCUCCUCACAGUCAGAUUCUGAUGUCCCGCCAGAAACUGAAGAGUGUCCGUCCAUCACAGCUGAGGCAGCCCUCGACUCAGAUGAAGAUGGAGACUUCCUGCCUGUGGACAAAGCUGGGGGUGUCAGUGGUACUCACCACCCCAGGCCUGGCCACGACCCACCUCCUCUCCCACAGCCAGACCCCCGCCCAUCCCCUCCCCGCCCUGAUGUGUGCAUGGCUGACCCCGAGGGGCUCAGCUCAGAGUCUGGGAGAGUAGAGAGGCUACGGGAGAAGGAAAAGGUUCAGGGGCGAGUAGGGCGCAGGGCCCCAGGCAAGGCCAAGCCAGCGUCCCCUGCACGGCGUCUGGAUCUUCGGGGAAAACGCUCACCCACCCCUGGUAAAGGGCCUGCAGAUCGAGCAUCCCGGGCCCCACCUCGACCACGCAGUACUACAAGCCAGGUCACCCCAGCAGAGGAAAAGGAUGGACACAGCCCCAUGUCCAAAGGCCUAGUCAAUGGACUCAAGGCAGGACCAAUGGCCUUGAGUUCCAAGGGCAGCUCUGGUGCCCCUGUAUAUGUGGAUCUCGCCUACAUCCCGAAUCAUUGCAGUGGCAAGACUGCUGACCUUGACUUCUUCCGUCGAGUGCGUGCAUCCUACUAUGUGGUCAGUGGGAAUGACCCUGCCAAUGGCGAGCCAAGCCGGGCUGUGCUGGAUGCCCUGCUGGAGGGCAAGGCCCAGUGGGGGGAGAAUCUUCAGGUGACUCUGAUCCCUACUCAUGACACGGAGGUGACUCGUGAGUGGUACCAACAAACUCAUGAGCAGCAGCAGCAACUGAACGUCCUGGUCCUGGCUAGCAGCAGCACCGUGGUCAUGCAGGAUGAGUCCUUCCCUGCCUGCAAGAUUGAGUUCUGAAAGAGCCGCCCUCCCUUCCCCAAGGAUCCACUCCCCCAGCUCCUUUAGAGAAUGGCUACUGCUGAGUCCUUUGGGGUUGAGGGAGAUGGGAGCUAGGGGGAGGGGAGGGAGAUGUCUUGUUGUGGUGACUUGGGCUGGGCUAAAUGGGAGGGGUUGUCCCUCCCCAUCAUCCAUUCCUGUGAGGUGUCUCAAACCAAAGUUAACAGGGAGAGGAUGGGGGAGGGGACAAAUUAGAAUAGGAUAGCAUCUGAUGCCUGAGAACCCUCUCCUAGCACUGUCAAAUGCUGGUAUUGAAUGGGGACUGAGGAUGGGUCUCAGAGAGCAACCUCCUCCCUCGUAGAGGGAGAUUAUAUCCCCAACUCCAGGGACCUCUUUAUCUCAAUCUAUUUAUUUGGCAUCCCGGGAAGGAUUUCCAAUAGUAAUUUAUGUGACCUGGGGGCAGGAUACUGUCAGUGAGGUGCCCAGAGCUGCACCCUUUCCUCCAUUUCCCAUCCCCCAUCUCCUCAACCACCAGGGUCUGAGUUCUAGCAGGGGCCUGGGGGUAUCCCACUGCUACACUGUUCUACUGCUUCCCUCAGUAUCUGAAUGUCUCAAUUUAAAACUUGAAGCUCUUUAGACCAAUAGACUGGUGAGAGGAGAAAGGAGCUUAUCCCCCAGACCCUGCUUUAUACCAUUCACAUCCCAGGGCUGUGUCCAGACAGCACAAAACGGCAAGGAGAGCCCAAGCCCCAAUGCCAGAAUUCUUCCAAACUCCCUGACUCUUUGAAGUUUUUACUCACCCCAUUUCAAUUAUCCUGAUCCCUUCUUAUCCCCUGCUUGGCUUCUCUGCAUGUGGUCAUCUGCUGUGGCCUGGUGUUUAAUGGGUUAAAAAUAAGCCACUGCCUGACAUCCCAACAUUUGACACCCCAGCAAUGUGUGACUCCCCCAACAUUCCACUAUGCCAUCCUGCAGCUGAAAUGGGAACACUGGCUGCCUCUCCAAACCCGCUCUUGGACAGAGGAUAUGGGAGGUGGAAGCCAGGCCAGAGGACUUGGGGAAAAUGAGAUGGAGGAAGGAAAAAGGGAGAAGCUGAGCCACAGCUUAACUCCUACACAGUGAAAUGAAAACGGGCUGAAAAUACCACCCCAGGAGAGGACCUCGCCCCAAGCAAGCCAGUGAGCAGCCCUGCCAGACUACUGCCAGACUGAGAAACCCAGAAGCUGGUAGUCAUGUGGGCUUGCCUUCUCUGCCAAACGACUGGGAAACCAAAAUGAGCCCACCUUGUGUUCUUCCUAGCUCCACCCUCCCCGUGCUGCUGUGCUCUGCUCCUCCCCAUGCUUCCCUGCUAUAGUUCCCAGCUGCUGUAACAGAGCCACCUCCAACUCUAACAAUAAACCAAGUUCAUUGCA